UCUUAUUCAAGGACUGUAAAAGAGAGGGCUGAUUAAAGCCAUUACCUCAUUUCUCCAAGACUCUUAACUGAUCAGAGAAAUUUAACACACAUCGAAGAAGAAGAGAUCAGAACAUGGGGAGGGCUCCGUGCUGCGACAAAGCAAACGUGAAGAAAGGACCUUGGUCCCCAGAAGAAGAUGCCAAACUCAAGUCCUACAUUGAACAGCAUGGCACUGGUGGAAACUGGAUCGCUUUGCCUCAAAAGAUCGGGCUAAAGAGAUGUGGGAAGAGUUGUCGACUGAGGUGGUUAAACUAUCUUCGACCAAAUAUCAAACAUGGGGGUUUCUCCGAAGAAGAAGACAACAUUAUUUGCAGCCUCUACGUCAGUAUUGGAAGCAGGUGGUCGGUGAUUGCAGCACAAUUGCCAGGAAGAACAGACAACGACAUAAAGAACUACUGGAACACUAAACUGAAGAAGAAGCUUCUGGGUAAUAAGCACCGUAAAGAUCAACAAUCACGUAGUAAAAGCAAGCAGGAAGGAGCUAAUAGGAUCACCUCUUCCAAUUCCUUUCUAGUUCCUGAAAAUUCUGCAAACACUACUUUUCCACAACUAUAUUGGCCACCACACAUGCCUGUGAUAUCUCCCUUGCAAUACUCAAAUCAAGACCCAUGUUUCAACGAUCAAGAUUCCAUCAAAAAAUUGCUCCUCAAACUGGGAGGAAGAUUUUCCGACGAGGAUGAUCACGAUUAUCACCCUACCCUCGAUGCUUUGAAUAUUAACCCCAAUCUAUUCUCAGAUGGUACUCCCUGCACUCAACCAGUUUGUGAAGAACAAGCAAAUAUGGCUGCUUCUUCUUCUAGCAUGAUCAAUAACGGAACAAUGGUUAACAGCAACCAGAUAGAAUUGGCCCGAGAGACAGGACUUGAGGAGAUAAUAGUAUGCAGUAAUAAUACUUAUGCUUAUCCACAAAGAUUAGAUGGACUGGAACUAUUGUUUGGGGACGACAUGGUGAUGGUCAAUGAAAAGGUAGCCCCACCUGAAGAUACCAACUCGCUCGUUUAUCAAUCUUUUAUUCCUUCCAAUAACCAGUUCAUGCCACAACACACACCACAACAAUGUGCUUUCCCAGAUUUAAGGUUUAACCGGCCAUAAGUAUUUUAUCAUCACGGUAAACGGCCAGAGGAAACCUUGUAUUUUUCAUUCCGUAGAUAAUACACAAUCUGCGAUGCGUAGGUAUCGAUCGGUUUGUCCGCUUUAUUCUCAUGAUUGUUCCAUCAGUACUGCUCACAACUUGAGGUUUGGUAAUUUAAUUACACUUGAGCUGUAUUUGGACUGCUAUAAUAUGUUAAUGAUAUAAUAUUUUUCCUGUGCCUCACUAGAAA